AUACUCCAAGUGUUGGUAAUGUACUAAUGUCUUGACAAAUCCCGUUUCUCCAAAUCUUUGAGCAUAAUUCAAACAUUUUGGCGGUAAAUAUUUUCAAUGAAAUGUCAUAAUCACCCUUCCCUCAACCAUUCACAAGCAUCCGUCACCGACAUGUAACCUAGUAUUUUUCCCCGAAACCUCGUUAACCUCGUUUUAUUUCGCCACUUGCAUCUCUUCCCGCCAUUUCCUGUCCCCCACGUUUUUCACAUAAAAAAAAUGGAAUUGAAAUAAAAAAAAAAAAAAAUCAAAGAACCUCAAAACCCAGAAGCAAAAACCUACCACCAUUGAAAUGGGCAUCAAGGAUCUUCUCAGAUUCAUGAAGCCUUACAUUCAACCCAUCCACAUCGAGAAGUACGCUGGCAAACGCGUGGGUAUUGAUGCAUAUUCAUGGCUUCACAAAGGGGCUUAUUCAUGUAGUAUGGAGCUUUGUUUAGAUUCUGAUGGUGACAGGAAAUUUCGGUACAUUGAGUAUUUUAUGCAUCGAGUCAACUUGCUUCGCCACUAUAAAAUAACCCCGGUUGUUGUUUUUGAUGGUGGCAAUGUUUCUUGUAAGGCAGGAACAGAACAAGAGAGACACAGGAAAAGAAAAGCUAAUCGCGAGUUGGCAAUGGCGAAGCUUAAAGAGGGAAAUGUUAGUGCAGCUUCAGAGCUCUUUCAGAGAGCAGUGAAUAUUACUCCACUCAUGGCACACAAACUCAUUCAGACUCUUAAAUCAGAGAAUAUUGAGUUUGUUGUAGCUCCAUAUGAAGCGGAUGCUCAGUUAGCAUAUAUGUCCAAUCUUGAACCAGAAAAGGGUGGAGUUGCAGCAGUUAUUACAGAAGAUAGUGAUUUGAUAGCAUAUGGCUGUCCAGCUAUUAUUUUUAAGAUGGAUCGCCAAGGGAAUGGUGAAAGAAUAGAGUUAGAGAAGGUUUUUUCUGCUGAAUCUGGUAGACCUUCAUUUCGGGGUUUUGAUUUGAAACUCUUCACAGGUAUGUGUGUCUUAGCUGGCUGUGAUUUUCUUCCAUCUGUUCCUGGAAUUGGUGUUGCUCGAGCUCAUGGCUUAGUUUCCAAGUAUCGGAACCUAGAUCGUAUCUUGUCUGUUCUCAAGUUUGAGAAAGGCGACCAAAUGCCUGAAGAUUACGCCAAAUCCUUCCAAGCGGCAAUUGCAGUCUUUCAGCAUGCCCGAAUAUAUGAUACCAAUACUAAAGAGCUUAAGCACAUGAAUCCUCUUCCACAAGAUAUUCUUGAGUCACUUGAUGGAAAACUUGAUUUUUUGGGACCAGAAAUUCCCCCAACUAUAGUGACAGCAAUAGCUGAAGGAAACUUGAACCCAUCAACUAAGGAAGCCUUUGAAAAGUCUGAAAGUCCUAGAUUUCCUCUGCACCCCAUUGAUCCCCAAAGCAUUGGUCAAAUCUACAAGAGUGAAGUUCCUGCAUCAGUUACACAGGAGAACUGUUUUUCAGUCUUUGGCUCUCAUAAUACCAGCCAGAAGAGCACAGUGACAAGACUCCAAGACGAAAAUAAGUAUUCUGAUGAAGCAUUGGCACUUCAGAAACUAAUCAUCCCACUGGGUACAAAGAAGACAGUAAAAAACACCAUUCUAUCAGAUGACACUCCUUUGAAGGUUCCUGACAACAACCCAUUCAGGAUAAGAAAACCUGAGGAAGUGUAUUUGGUACAAAAAGAGGACACGGUUGAAAAUGUUUCUAGUGUCAACAGUGUGCAAUAUAUCGACCUGUGCUUGUCUCCAAAUAACUCUGAAGAAGAGGGGCCUAAAAAUCUCUCAAGGAAAAGGACAUUUCAUAACAUUUGCUCAGAUAAACUGGAAGGCACUGAUGAAGAGGUUUCAGGAGUAACUGAAGUAGUAGAUUGUGAGGUUUUAUGCUUGACUGUGGAAACCCAAGAGAGUGUUAAUUCUGAGACCAGGAAAGGUGCUGAUUUGAAGGCAAAAGGUGGAAGUGAAAAGAAAUCAAAGAGAAGUAACUCUAAGAAAGCAGGGAGUAACAGCAGAACUAUUUUGAAUUUCUUUUCUCGAGUGUAAUAAAUUCAAUAUCUAUAUGCCCAUGAUUUUUGUUGAGGCCCCUUUAAAUUCUCCUGUAUUUAAUUACCAGAGGUUGGAUUUUUUGAAGGCAGAGUGAGAAUUUUAUUAUGAA